UCCAGGCAGGAACAUCCCAUUGGUAUAGAAAAGAUAGGGAGCCACCCCUGGGCGCGGCCUGCAGGGGGCAGGUGAUCUCCAGAAAAGCAGGGGCAGGAGAAGCAGGAGCCGGUGCGGGUUCAGCAGCCGUCCACAGCCGCGGGAGCCUCGCUGCGCCUCCGCCUGGUGCGCCCCUCUCGGCCCGUGGACCCCGCGCUGCGCUCUGCCACUGACAUGUGUGCCGCCGGGAUGCCGCUCCUGUCGCACAUCUUCCGAGGGACGUUCGUCCACUCCACCUGGACCUGCCCCAUGGAGGUGCUGCGGGAUCACCUCCUGGGAGUGAGCGACAGCGGCAAAAUAGUGUUUUUAGAAGAAGCAUCUCAACAAGAAAAGCUGGCCAAAGAAUGGGGUUUCAAGCCAUGUGAGAUAAGAGAACUGAGCCAACAUGAGUUCUUCAUGCCUGGGCUGGUUGAUACACACAUCCAUGCCGCUCAGUAUUCCUUUGCUGGGAGUAACGUAGACCUGCCGCUUCUGCAGUGGCUGGCCAAGUACACGUUUCCUACAGAACUCAAGUUCCAGAACUUGGACUUUGCUGAAGAAGUAUAUACUAGAGUUGUCAGGAGAACACUGAAGAAUGGAACAACCACAGCUUGUUACUUUACAACAAUUUACACUGACUCAUCCCUGCUCCUUGCGGAAAUUACAGAUAAAUUUGGGCAGCGGGCAUUUGUGGGCAAAGUCUGCAUGGAUAUGAAUGACACAGUUCCAGAAUACAAGGAAACCACUGAGGAAUCAAUCAAGGAAACAGAGAGAUUCGUGUCAGAAAUGCUCCAAAGGAACUAUUCUAGGGUGAAGCCCAUAGUGACACCACGCUUUGCCCUUUCCUGCUCUGAGACGAUGCUGGCCGAUCUUGGAAACAUCGCGAAGACCCGCGAUUUGCACAUUCAGAGCCAUAUAAGUGAAAAUCUUGAUGAAGUUGAAGCUGUGAAACAGUUAUUCCCCAGUUAUAAAAACUAUACAGAUGUGUAUGAUAAAAACAAUCUUCUAACAAAUAAGACAGUGAUGGCACAUGGCUGCUACCUUUCCGCAGAAGAACUGGAUGUUUUCAGGGAACGAGGAGCAUCGAUCGCACAUUGUCCCAAUUCUAACUUAUCGCUCAGCAGCGGCUUACUCAAUGUGCUAGAAGUGCUGAAACAUGAAGUGAAAAUAGGGCUGGGCACAGAUGUGGCUGGUGGUUAUUCACCUUCCAUACUUGAUGCAAUCAGAAGAACAGUGAUGGUUUCCAAUAACCUUUCGUUUACUAAGAUAAAUGAGAGAAGCCUCACCCUCAAAGAGGUAUUCAGACUAGCGACUCUCGGAGGCAGCCAAGCCCUGGGGCUUGACAGAGAAAUUGGAAACUUUGAAGUGGGCAAGGAAUUUGAUGCCCUCUUGAUCAACCCCAAAGCAUCUGAUUCUCCCAUUGACCUGUUUUCCGGGGAUUUUGUUGGUGACGCUUUUAUCCAGAAGUUUCUCUAUCUAGGAGAUGACCGAAAUAUUGAGGAGGUUUAUGUGGGCGGAAAGCAGGUGGUUCCCUUUUCAAGCUCAGUCUAAGACCCUUGGCGUCUCCAAGUUCUCCUGGAUAGCGUGGUUCUGCGCCCCCUUAUGCCCAGGCAGAGUUAGAACGUCAAAAAAUAGUACCUUGUUCUUAGGAUGACUGUCUCUUUGUAUACUUACUUACAGUGCUCACUUGACAAAUCGAAGGAAGUUGCGCUAAUUCUCAACUCUCUUGUUGGGAGGAUUCAAAAUGUAUCCCUUCUGAGCUGUUCAGAUUUACUUUAAGCUUAAAUAUAAGAGAAUGUUAUGACUAGUGGUGUUCUUGUUAUGAGAUUUAAGUAAAAUCUACCUAAUAUUUGGAAAUGUGAAGAGGAAAGAUAUUCCUGUGAGGUUUGAUAUUUUGAGCUAGUAAAUGUGAAAAUUGGAUAUGGAAAAUAAACCAGUGAAUAUAUUUUUGAGGGAGAAAAAGACUACAAACAUUGGAAAAUCAUUUUCAGAUUGCUCGACAAUUAUAUACUGAGCUUACUCAUUUAAAAAGAGAACUCACUGAGAUGUGAACGUGUUUCUAGGUUGACUUUGUGUUCUGGAAAUUUGCACUUAAUGGGAUUUGCAUUUCAGAGACUUGUUAUUGUUGUGCUUUGCCUUCUUUGGGGAUGAAUUGUCAGAAAUUGAAUGCCACGUGCUUUCUUCAUAUAGUUCUGUGCUUCAAAAUGUUUGACAGAAGUUGGGUAGUAAAGAUUUAAAGUCUCUUAGGAAUAGUAUUCACAUAACUGCGUGGCAUAAAUAGUUGUAUUUUUGUGUCCUUUAAGUCACCUCAAUGUAUGACUGGGUGAUGCUGUUACUGCUUCAGUUUUAUUAGAAGAGAAACAAAUUCCACACUCCGCUGUUGGGUAGACUGAAGUCUUCAUAAAUUGGGGACAAGUGCUGGGCACUCACAAGCUGUUAAUACUGAAAGGAAGGGUUUCAUUGCAAUGACCUCGUCUCCCCAAGGACUAUGCCAGUGAUGGCGAACCUAUGACAUGCGUGUCAGAGGUGACACACGAACUCAUUUUUUUGGUUGAUUUUUCUUUGUUAAAUGGCAUUCAAAUAUAUAACAUAAAUAUAAAAAAUAUAAGUCUUUGUUUUACUAUGGUUGCAAAUAUCAAAAAAUUUCUAUAUGUGACACGGCACCAGAGUUAAGUUAGGGCUUUUCAAAAUGCUGACAUGCUGAGCUCAAAAGGUUCGCCAUCACUGGACUAUGCCAUAGCCAUUGGCAAUUUCAUACUCGGAUCAAUCUGUUAGAACUUUUAAAUGAAGGCAAAUCCUAUUAAAAGAAAUAUUAAAACUCUAAACCUUGCAUAUCGCAAGCACUCUAUUUUCCAAAUUUUAUCCUAUUGUAGUUUUAAUUCCUAAGAAUUUUAGGACAUUGGAAUUUUAGUAUAAUGAAAAAUAUGUAGACAUCCCACAUAAUGUUUAUAUUAAUAGGACAUAAUCUGUACCAGACAUCUAAGAAGAUUAAGCAAAGCAAAGAGUAUUUUUCUGCCUCCUAACUAAUUAGUGUACUGUCCCAUAACCUAGAAUUAAAAGCAAAUUACGACUAUGAGAAAUCCUUUACAAGUAUUGAUGUGAAUGCUAUUUAAAUACUAUAUUUUUCUCCUUUAAUUUCAAAUAAUAUAAACUAACAAUGAAAAGGGGUAGGUUUUCUUAAUAUUUCAUAGCACUUAUUAAUACCUUAUAAUAGAGAACUUUAUGCUACAGAGCUAACUCCAUAUAUAGAGAGCUAAGGACAAAAUUCCCCCUCUUGCAUAUAAUUUUGUUCUCAUAUAAUCAUGCUUAUUCAGCAGUAAUUUGCCCAGUUAUUGUUGUUGUUUUUCCUUUGUGGAAGCACUUUUAGAGUUGACAAAUAUUUAGUUUGAUUUUUUUCAAUGACAGAUUUUUUUUUUAGGAUAUUAAAUAACUCAGUAAAUCUAAUUUCUAGUCUCAAUAGCUGUAUUUCCAGAAUUCCUGCGCCAUGUCAAAGAUGGCCCACCAGACUUCUCCCCAUUUCUCUGCAGUGCCGGCAUGAGUUUUCUGCUCUAUCUCUUAAUCCGUGCCACAGGAACCCAAUUACCUGGUGUUUGACCCACGUGAGUGGGCUUAAGAAUUUGGACGAGCUGUUCAAGGUUCACGAACAGGCAGCAGCUGUCCCCAGCCUUUGCAAGAUCCUAUACUUUUCCCUUCCUCAAGGGUGUACAGUUUGAGGUUGAACAUCAGUUUUCAUUUAGAUUUAGGAUUCAUAUGCAGUAAGUAUAAAUAAGUGUAGUGUCAGAAGCAGGAAGAACGGCCAUAGACCAGCACUUUGUCAAAUGUUAAAUUUAGCCCUGAUAGUAUGUUAAGACCUGAAUAUCUUGUCUAAUAAAUAUAGAAUGUCUUGAAAUGUGACACGUGCUUUGAUCUUCCUACACCGCCUAGAACUUGUGUGCUUCAUCCUCCAAGUGCCGCGUUCCUGAAUGGUGCGUAUGCUCUUUGCAGUACUUCGGGCCUUAGCCAUACAUGGGCCCAGAUGUUCUGCACUUUGAAAUGUGGCCUUUGCUUAAUGUGGGUUGACUUGCUGAAUUGGGGGGAGACAGUACCCCCAGCCAAUUCUGUUUUUUGUUUUGUGUUUAAAUAUUUUGCUUUCUAACAGGAAAGAAUUAACACUUCUAAUCAGCCCCCUCACUUCACCCUACACUCUUUUGCCUCAGGUUUUGUGGUGUUUUUAAUGGAGUACCCGUUAAGAGGCCAAAACAUUUCCAGUAGGAUUGACUGCCAUACAUUUAAAAGAAUAUGUUUGCAAUUAGAACACAAAAGCAGGCUAAUCAGCUAAGAUGAAUUUAAUUUUCAAAAGAGAGUGAGCCCUAACUGGUUUGGCUCAGUGGAUAGAGCAUCGGCCUGCAGACUCAAGGGUCCCAGGUUCGAUUCCGGCCAAGGGCAUGUACCUUGGUUGUGGGCACAUCCCCAGUAGGGGGUGUGCAGGAGGCAGCUGAUGGAUGUUUCUCUCUCAUCAGUGUUUCUAACUCUCUAUCCUUCUCCCCUCCUCUCUGUAAAAAAUCAUUAAAAUAUAUCAAAAGAGAGUGAAACGUGGAGGAGGGCGCGAGAGGUUGUCCUAGUCUUUGUGAACUGAGGCCGAGGAGGCUCAGCUCUCAUUUAUUCUCCCAGCUUUUUCUCUGAUUCAAUUGUCAAAGGUUCGAGAAUCUCGGAGGAUAUCUCGGAACAAGCUCCCUUCAUGGCAGCAGGAGGUCUUUCUAAAUUGAUACCAUAAGCAUCAAACCCCAUUGACUCUGUUUUACUGCCGUGAGAGUUCUGCACAGUUAAGAAAGGAAGGCGGUAGGGAAACACUCCUGCGUGCUUUGCAGAUGUUGAAGUGUGGCUUCAAUAUCCCUGUUGGCAGCUAGAGCCGAGACGUCAGAGAGGAAACAAGGGGUGUGAGGUCCAGGAACGUAUUUUGAAUCUCCACUCCUUUCCAAAUUCUUCCUAUUUUGAAUCGUUUCAUCUCAGAAGCAGACAGAUGGGAAGCCUGAAGGGCAAGCUGGGAGGCACGUGGGAUCCGGUCUAUCUUCCACAUGGAAGAGAUGCAGCAUCAGGUGCUCCUGUAGCCUGUUGGACACCGUGUCAUUGUUGUCCAAGUUUUAAAGCUGCUGGUGAGGCCAGAAACGUGCACAUGUUUAAUAAGAGUGUUCCGAGUCGUGAAAAGGUGGACUAAUAAAUGUGGCAUGUCCAAAGUCUUGACAUAAGUUUUAAAUGGCGUGCAUCAUUGUGAAAAUUUUUUCCCCUGAAGGCUUACAGGAGACAUUUGCAGUUUCCAAUUGAUCUAGCCAUUUUAGGUGUGACUUUGAACCCUGACACACUUUAAUGCCUCUACAGGAAAAUCAUGGAAAGAGGCGCACAAAUGAAUAGACACUCUUAGGAAACCCUGGCAUUGGUCCCCAAGCGUGUUUUCAUGCCCAGGCCCUCCUCCCUUUUUCUCCCACAGCCCCGAGUGUGUGGGGGGAAGCACUGAGGGGUUAGUUCUGGUCCAGAUUUAGUGAAAUGCAAACGCUGAACAGAGUAAUGAUGAAGCUAAAUAUAUAUAAAUCCCAAGGUGGCUUUCACCGUCCUUGGGGGUCAAGAGACUGAGUACCGGUGUUAUAUGGCAGUAAUUACCUGUCCAUUUCCUCCUCAAAAGCCUGUCAGAAAGCGUUCUUUAUUGAAAACCACUUCACAUUGUUGUCAAACUCCUGAUCGCUGCUCUGAAGAAUAAAUAUCUAUAUGUAUGUAUUCAUGGGGACGUUUUCCUCAAAAUUUGUGUGGUUUGCUUAUUGUUUAUGUGCAGGGUGAGCUCCUUUGUGCUUUAGAAAAAAAUAAAUGCGAUUUUGUGUUUACAUUA